AUGCUGGGACCGUCGAGACAGCCGCGCAAGCCAGGGCUGGAGCUCCUGGAGCUUCUGAAGCCUGCGGAGGCUGCGUCGGGGGAUGCCUCUGGACCUGCCUCUCGCCCCGCGGAUGCCGCCGCGGAGGGGGCCUCGCGGCCCUCGCCGGCCCAGGCGGGGGAUGCCGAAGUCGGCUGCUGCCCCUCCUGGCUCGCGGGCGGGAGUAGCCCCCUGAGGGAGCCGUUCCUUGGCUCCUCGUGCCCGGGCGGCGAGGAGGCGGAGGAGGACCGGACCACGAGAUCGGGGUUGGCUCCACCGUGA